CCCUCUCGAUCAUCUACCGUCCUCUCCUGCUCGUCUUCUCACGCUGCAGUCCCCCGCCGUGCCCUCCCACGAACGCCUCCUCGCGACCACGACUUCGUUUCCCCCUCUUAACCUCGCCUUCAACCUCCUGUCCGAACACCUUUUUCUUUUUUCGAGCUGCUCCUCCCGGUCACCCCGUGUCUGUCUGCAGCUUCUCAACACCAUGCCUACACCUUUGCCCUCUAGUUUUGCCUCUGCCGCUGCUGGGAACGUCCAGGACCCGGCCAGCAGCAGGCGAGGAGACGGACCCAGUGCAGAAUGGUCUCGAUCCCGAAUGAAUGGAGCGACACAGACCUUCCGCCGCCCGUCACUCGCCACGAAUCCCUUGCACACCACCUCCCGGGAUACCACCAGCAGCCAGCCCGCCUCGGCGACGACUCCGACCGUGGCGGCGUAUAUCCCCCCACACAUGACUCCGAACUACCAGCAGCAGCUGCUGCGCAACGGCCUGGCUGGCGACAGCCGCUAUUCCAAGGACCAGCUACUCAGUCUGUACCGUAGCCAGCGCGAUCUGGGCAGCCUGGGGAAGAACGUGGCAGAGCUUUUCGUCGCUGACUGGGACCCGCUCGUCGAGUCUCCGUUGGCCGCCAACGGCGCCUGGGGGAAACGAGACGACCAUAAAGAAAACAUUCCGUCGGGCCCGGAGGUCUGCUGGGAUCAUGGAGGCCAGAUCGAACCCUUGGGCUUGAUUGAUAUGACCGAUGAUGAGCGGGAGCUAUUCACUCUCUCGGUCAAUUCGCCCCUGAAACCCCCUCCGACAAACGCCAACAAGGAAAACCCUGGUACAACCACCGGCAAUCGAAAGGCAUCCAUCUCCUCCUACUCCCAGGGCGGCCACAUGAACACCUUCAACACCUCCUCCCCCAGCACCGGGCGGCCCGGCGCCCGCCGUCGUGAGACGAGCGACUCCAUAGGCCCCGCCAUGUCCCCAACCACUGCGGGCUCGCGCUUCUUCCGCGACGAGGCCAACACGUCGACUCCGCCCCCCGCCCUACUGCGUCGCAAGACCGAUUUCCGUGACCAGGCCCCCAGCGCCCGCCUGGAUGACAGAGACAAAGAAGGUUUGCCAGGUAAGGAGGGGGCCGCUGCCGACAUCUCGUCUCCCUUUGGCUCUUUGAAACGCAGCUCCACCAAUCCCUUAGCAACAGGCCUCGGUGGCGCUUCCAAUUCGCCCUGGCCGUCGGCAUCACAAAGCGCUUCCUUCUCACCUAUGGGUGCGUUUGGUGCCUUCUCCCUCGGUUCGGGUAGUGGGGGCGGCGGCGGCGCUGCCGCUGCUGCUGCUGCUCAAGCCCCAAACACGGAGAAAAAGGCCGGCUAUGGGAGUCUCCGCGGGGAAAGUCGAUUCAAAGGUUUGCUCUCCAAGGAUAGUACCGAAGACCUGGGUGCAGUAUCCGCCUCAGUCAAGGAAAAGACAUCCCUUAGCAACCUGGAACGCCUAGAGGAGUCCGAUAAUGACCCGCGCGCCCAAUCCCCCUGGGGGGAAGCGCUUAGAACCCGCGCCGGGCGCAGUGAAACCAAUCCGUUUGUCGAGGAGCCUCGCAGUGGCAGUGCCGCCCUGGGGGGUUCUCAGGAAACGGGCCCCGCAUCUCAGAACACCGAUCAGCUUGGAUUCGGUGCGUUUGGGAUGACCUCUAGCAUCCCAGGCUUCCGUGAGCUGAUGCAGAGCCACGAAAACUCCCGCAACCCGACCCCGAGCCUCCUUCAAGGCCACGAACCGACCAGCCCGACCAACACCAACCCUUACCAGAGUCCCCACGGCGAGAAGGUGGACGCAGAAGACGUCGAUACUGAUGGAUCGGAUGUCGUCCAUCAUCCGGGCAUCUCCGGUCUGCGCGAUACGGCAAACCCCUUCGGCUCCAUCCGCAGAGUGGGCUCUGGUAUGGACUUGCCUUCUUCCAUCGACCGCAGCCAGUCCUCCAGCGUCGCGGGCAACCGUAGCUUCUCGAGUCUCGGGGGCCUCGGGGGUCUCCCCACGCUCGGUGGAACAUCCUCUGGCUGGCCCACCAGCGCGGCCGUCGGAACGCCCACCCGUGAGCGAUCUGCCUUUGUCUCAGGCUUUGGCGAUCCGAUCUUUGGGUCCAUGGGUGAUCUCCAAUCCCCUAGCCUGUCCUCUACCUUGGGCGGAAGCGGUCUCUUUGGGCCCCAUAGUGGGAUCUCUGGCACUGGCAGUAUUGGCCGGUCCAGCAAGCUGGGAUCGUUGUUCCCUGCCGCCAUGCAGGAGCAGAUGCAGGCGGAACAGGCACGACAAGAGAGUGGGAGUGUGGAUGAGGGGACUCGACUGACAGACGAUUCUCAGCCUUCGGACAAGCCCGGUCAGAUCGGCCAGUCUACAUCUGCAGCGCAAACCCCCGUCUCUGUUGGUGGAUCGGUUGCCGCACUCGACUCGGCCCAGUCCAACAACGCAGGCCAGGUUUCCGGCUCGGUGCCUCCCGCUCAGCAGCGAACCAUGGUCAUGCCUGAUCGGAUGCGGUGGAUCUACCGGGAUCCCCAGGGCAAUAUCCAGGGGCCCUGGACCGGACUGGAGAUGCACGAUUGGUUCAAGGCCGGCUUCUUCAGCCCGGACCUGCAGAUCAAGAAGCUUGAAGACCCGGAAUUCGAACCGCUGGCUCAGCUGGUGCGGCGGAUUGGCAACUCCCGCGAGCCCUUCCUUGUGCCGCAGAUCGGAAUCCCGCAUGGCCCUGAUCCGAACCCUACGCACUGGACCGGCGCCACCACGGGCUCGGCCCAACCUCCCUUCCCCGGCAGCUUCCCGAGCUUCGGUACGACCUUGACAGCCGAGCAGCAGAAUGCGCUGGAGAGAAGAAAGCAGGAGGAGCAGUAUCUGAUGGCCCGGCAGAAGGAGCAUCUGGCCCAGCAGCAGGCGAUGAUGAAGCAGAUGCAGCUGCAGGGUGUCCCGCCCAGCAUGCUCCCCCAUCAGUUGCAGCAUCAUUCCAGUGCUCACAGCCUCCACAGCCAGCCGAGCUUUGGCAGUAUUACGUCCCCCGUGGGGUAUCAGCCCUCUCCGAUCCAGGGACCCCCGCAGCAACAGCAGCAGCAGCAACAACAACAGCAGCCUCAAAGCGGCGCCGCUCCGGCUGCCGUCGUGCCGGGCUUCUUUGAUGCGGUUCCCCUGCGGCAAGGUGCCCUCCCGAAUGUUGGACCACAGAUGAUCGGCACCGAUUUUGGCAGUCAGGAUCAGCUUCCAGGUCUCCUGGACCGUCUGAACAUCAAUCGGCCUGACCCCUUUGCGUUUGGUAGUCCGACAUCUCUCACGGCCCGUCAGCCCGCCGAAAGCUUUCUGCAUCAGCAGCAAGUGGCGACCAUGCUUCAGGACCGUGCUCGUCUCCAACAAGAACAGGAACAGUUCGACAGCACCCAAGGUGAUCGCCUCUUUGACCAACAGGCUCGGGAGGAGCGCUUGCGCCAGUUCCAUGCUCUGCGAGCUCAGGACGGCGAAUUUGGCAUACGUAAUGUCGAAGGUCUUCCGAUCCACCCGUCGGCUCUGAUCCUUGACGAGUCUCUUGAAAUGGUCGACACCUCUGUCCAGGAAUCAGACGACGCUGCGGCUGCUGCGGCUGCUGCCGCCGCCGCCGCCGCAGUGUUCUCCACCGCCCAAGCCGAAAUCGAAGCGAUGGAAUCUAUGGUCCCCGAGCCGGCGCUGACUCUCAGCCAACAGGUGCAGCAGGCGGCCUCUGCGCAGAAGCAGCAACAGGAGGAGCAGGAGGAAGAGGAGGAGCAGCAGCAGCAGCAGCAGAAGGCGCAGGAGCUGAUGCUGCAGCAUGCCCAUGCCCAGGCCCAGGCUGCCGCCGCUGCCAUGACCAGCGCCUGGAACGUCAAGGUUGAUGCGGGCAUGCCGCAACCCUUCCCCCCUCCACCCUCGGCCUCCCCGCUUCCUGCCCCCGCGGCUCAGCGCAAUCGGUCCAACGUGGCGGAAUCCCUGGCGGCCAAUUCGCGCUCGCAAUCGCAGACCCCCAUCGAGACUCCUGCGACCUCGAUCGCGCCGUGGGCCAAGGAAGCCAACGAAGUCCCCAAGGGCCCUUCGCUGAAGGAGAUCCAGGAAGCCGAGGCCCGCAACGCCGCUCAGCGGGAGGAGCUGGCUGCCGCUGCUCGUCGCGCCCAAUUGCUGGCGGAACAGGAACGCCUCAGCGCCCAGAGCCAGGUUCAGACCCCGGGCUUGCCCUCGACGGCCAACUGGGCCAGCGCCGGCUCGCCCGCCACGCCGACCCCGACCGGAUCCGCCUGGAACACCAAGGGUCAGGCCGCCCCGGCCCCGGGUCCCGCCAAGAAGACCCUGGCCCAGAUCCAGAAGGAGGAAGAGGCCCGUAAACAGCGUCUGGCCGCCGCGGCCGCUGCCGUGCAGGCUGCCGGUGUGAGCCCCGCCCUCACCCCUGGAGCCAAGCGGUACGCCGAUCUUGCCAACAAGGCACCCGCGCCCGUCACCAUGGCGGCCACCGCGGCCACCGCGACCUCUGGUGCUUGGACCACGGUUGGCGCCAGCGGCAAGGCGAAAGCCCCUCCCCCGGCCGUCGCGGCUCCUGCGCCUCCCGCCGGCCCUCGCUUGUCUAGCGGACCGGUACCAGUCAGUACCGCCGUGGCUGCUGCUGCUGCUGCGAAGCCCCGUCCGGCGGCCGUCACCCGUGCGGUGACCACCGGUGCUGUGCCCUCGACCAACCCGAACCGCGCCGUGGAGGAGUUUACCAAGUGGGCCAAGAUGUCUCUCGGCAAAGGACUCAACAGCAGCAUCAAUGUGGACGAUUUUGUACAGCAACUGCUGCUCCUGCCUGCGGAAGCGGAGAUCAUCUCGGACUCUGUGUACGCCAACUCGCAGACGCUGGACGGCCGCCGGUUCGCCGAAGAAUUCAUCCGGCGGCGCAAGCUGGCGGACAAGGGGAUUGUAGACCCGGUGUCGCCCAGCGCAUUUGCCGACACGAAGAGCACCGGCGGAUGGAGCGAGGUGGCCAAGAAGGGCUCGUCUAAUACGCACCGCGAGGAGGACACGGCCAACGCGGCGUUCAAGGUGGUUGCGCCUCGCAAGAAGGGCAAGCGGUGAUUGGAU